UUCUUGAUGGCCGCCGCCUCUCCAUCCAACACAAAACAACGUGCUGCCCGACGCAAAUCGCAAAAGGAAACUCAAUUCGUCACUUUGGAAUUGUGCAUAAGCAGCAAAAUUUAAAAUAUAUUUUGCUAUAAUGCAGGCGACGGACAGUAACGGGAGAGCUAAUUCCGAAGGAGAUCAUGAAUUCCUUCCAGGAUAUAAAUCCGUCGACGAUUUCAUCAAGACUGGGUACAAAGCAGUUUUGGAAAUGACGAAAUUGUCAAACAGUUUACCCAGCGAUGAGCACUUCCACUAUUAUUCCAGUUACCCCGCUUUUGAGGAAGCAAUGGUCAAGCAAGGGAACCAAACUUUGAGAAGCAUUUCAAGUGUGAUUCAAAGCGCUGGAAUGAAAGGAAAUAUUGUCAGACGAGAUAUGGAGGAAAAAUUUGAGCUUUUGUUAGAUUCGAAUGACACAAUUUUAGAGCAAGUUGCGCUUAACUUGGAUGAGGUGGCUGGUAUCAGGAAAAAUCCUGGGGCAGAGGAAAAGGACGUAAUAAAAGUAAAUCGGCCUUUGAGUGGUUCCUGGAAUCAAUCAUUUUCAUCACCUUCCAGUGUCACUCAAGAAAUUGUUAAGAGCAACACAAGUUCGCCUUCUGCAUUAAGAGCUACCUUGCCAAAAGUAACCGUGAAACCGCAGCAUAGCUUCCCUGACAAAAUUGACAACAGGCCUGGUGCAUUUGAACCGAAAAUCAAAGAGAAGCCUCAUGCAUUGAAGCCCCUUUCUUCUCUGCUCAUGCUUUCUGACUAUGGAGAAUGCUUUAGCCAUCCAUAUGAGUAUGAAUUGGAUCUGUUUGACCCACCGGAACAUCAACUUAUACCAGUUGAGCCAAAAGCUCCUAGGACGGACCAAACGCCAUUAAAAUAUGUUGAUAGCCCUCAAGAAUUAAAGCAUAUGCAACAACAUUUAAGGAACUACAAGGAAAUUGCCAUUGAUCUUGAACACCACAACUACAGAUCUUUCCAAGGCUUCACUUGUCUUAUGCAAAUUUCCAGCAGACACUCGGAUUUCAUUGUAGACACACUCAAGCUCAGAGGAGAGCUGCACUGCCUCAAUGAAAUUUUUGCAGAUCCUAAAAUCGUUAAGGUCUUGCACGGAGCUGACAGUGAUGUUGUGUGGCUGCAAAAGGACUUGGGCCUUUACUUAGUGAACAUGUUUGACACCCACCAAGCUGGAAAACUGAUGAACUUCCCUAGAUUGAAUUUGGCUUACUUGUUGAAGUACUAUUGUGAUGUAGACGUAGACAAGCGUUAUCAGCUUGCCGAUUGGAGAAUAAGACCACUGCCCGAAGAGAUGAUCCAAUAUGCUAGGAUGGACACGCAUUUCUUGCUCUACGUGUAUGACAGAUUGAAAAAUGAUUUGUGGGAAUCUGGAGCAAACUCAGACCGGCUAAUCAAAGCUGCAAUACAUCAGAGCACACAGCUUUGCAAGAAGAUUUACGUGAAACCUCAACUGACCCAAGAAGCACACCUCAUGCUUUACCAAAAGUCAAGAAAAAUGUUCAACAACCGGCAGUUGUGGGCCCUGGAAAAGAUUUUUGCUUGGAGGUUCCAUACAGCAAUGGAAGAAGAUGAGAGCCUUCCAUAUGUUCUGCCAAACCACAUGCUAUUGCAAAUUGCUGAAAAUCUUCCAAGAGAAAUGCAGGGCAUCUUGGCUUGCUGCAACCCAAUUCCUGUGUUAGUUCGUCAGAACCUCACUAAAAUUCACCGCAUUAUCCUUGAGGCAAGGGAGCAGCCUCUUGUUCAGACUGCUGCUACAGAGGAUUUGUCCAUGAGGUCAAAUCAAACAGAGUGGACAAAAAUUAACAUUGAAUCCACCUUGCACUGCCCCCAUCAACUUUUAAAGGAAGAACAGAGAGACAACCUUCCAACACUUCUCGGUGCAAAAAAAAUGGAAGAAGUAAAAGUUAAAGGCAUUUUGAAGACAUCAGCAACAAUAGCAGUUUUUAGUGCUUUUGGUCAAAAUACUAAACUCGCAAGUAGCAAAAAGAAAGUGAUGAGCCCUUAUCAAAGGUACUUAUUAGUAAAACCGUACCUACAGCACCUGUCUAAUUUGGCAGCCUUGAAAGAGGCUGCAGACAAAGAAAUCAAGGUAGACAAAUCGUCUACAACAAACCAACUCGAACUUCAUGGUCUAGCACAGGUUCAACAACACUUUGAGGAGCUUGAUAGCCGCACUGCGGCUCAAAACCGUACACCUGUCAGACAAGCACCUUCGGAAAGCGAAGAAGAAGAUGGAAAAUCAGCUUCAGUAAAAAGACCGCAUGCAGAGUUUGAAUCUUUGGAUGGAAAGGAAGAGGAGGAGGAGGAAAUAGAAGGGCCUCUUAAUAAAAGAUUUAAGGAGGAUAAAAUUCAACCAUUCCGCCCUGGAAGAAAUAAUUUAAGCGUCGCUCAGACCCAGUCCAAGUUUCAGAGGAAUAAGAAGACAAAUCAGCAGAAGAAAAAGAACUUUGACAGGGGCCAAAAAGGCAACUGGUCAAAUGAAGCUCCUGCGGCAACUCAAAACCAACCUGGGCCUAGCCAGGCUUUCAACUACAAUCAAGUGAAUUUCAACAAGUUCCAAGGAGGCAGUCGAAAUGUUGACAAGAGAAAGAACUUCAACGACAAAGGAAAUAGAGGCAGAGGUGGAGGGAACAAGAAAAAGAGAUUCAACUUCCCUCAGAGGCAGAAUCAGAAAAGCCACACUUACAAAACGUAAGUUCUAUCUUGCACAAAGAAAGCAUAUUUGUUUACUCCAAUGAAUAAAAACAUUGGUUCAUUGUCCGAAAA